GAGUGCGCCGCCCGCGAUUGCAGAUUAUACCAGCGGCGUAGACUCGGCGCUGCCCCGGGGCCCCUGUGUUGCGCUCGACCGUCCCGACACGCACCAUGUCCUGCACCGUCACGUCCGUCGCUUACGCCACGAUAGCGUUGAUCGCCGUCUCGAUUGUUUUCAACACACACACCGUGAAGGCACAAGCUGAGAUACGGUGUUAUGUGUGCAAUAGUCAUAAUGACACAGAUUGUGCUCAAGAAAAACUUCCAGAUCAUUUUAAAACAGAAUGCUCAAAAUUAAAUAUAGGUGUUCCAGAGGAUAGUCGCAAAAAUUAUACCCUCUGCAGAAAGAUAAUACAAACAAUCGAGCCGGAGGUCAACGGAUUGCCGUCAGAUAGAAAUCGGAUCAUUAGGACAUGUGGCUGGGACGCUUCAAAUUACAAUAAUAAAUGUUACCAUCGAUCCGGAUUUGGUGGCAAACAGGACGUGUGCACUUGUAUGACAGAUUACUGUAACUCGGCGCAAAAGACAUACAUAGCGUUUGUAACUGUAGUGGCAGCAGCAUUCGCUAUCCUUAUUUUGUAGAAACGAGGAUAUUAUAACUCUCAAACACGAGACAAAUAUUUUUAAUUUAAGCAUGGAUGCAAGUAUUGUUAAUAAAUGUUGAGAAGUAUAUAAAUAAAACCAGCAACUGGUACCUUCAUGACAAAAAAUAAACAAUACUGUUUUUAUUAGUUGAAACUUUGGUAGCAUACAGAUACAAUUAGGUAUAAGUUAGUUAGGUAUCACACUAUUUUUCUAUAAUAAAAUAUUUUAUAAAAUAUGUGUGUUUUCAUAGUGUGCAAAGUAUUAAAUUGUAUAGUCUAUACUCUAUAAUAUGAAUUAUAAGUAGUUGUACAAAAGAGUUGUAAAACUGUCCAAUGAACCUGCAUUAUACAUACCUUGAUAAACAUAAAAUACUAAAGUAAAAUUCUUCUUUCAAACUUUUUUAGUUCCAGCGUAAAAAUGUAAAUGUUAAACCUGAAAACAAUUGUGUAUUAUAUAAUGUAAUUUAUGAAGUAUGUAGAUACAACUUUCUAGAUCUCUAGUAAAGAUGUAUGUUAAAAAUAAUAGGUGGAUAUUUUUAUUAUAAUUAUUGUUUAUUUAGUUUAUAUUUCUUAUACAUAAUACCUACCUACGCAAUUAGAUUUGUUUGUAAUGUUUUGUUUGAUAACAUUAUAAGUAUUAAACCUCA